GUUGGUAGUUGGAACGUCGCUCUUUACUUCCAUCUUUUGAAUAGACCUCCGAAGUAGGAACAAUAAAUGGAGUGAAAUCACAAAUCUGCCACCGCCUUCAACGGUACUCUGUUUAGUGGCGUCUAUCGGCGUAACCCUAGUACAGCUUCCUCAUCGGUGACUGCAUCAAACUAUGGAGCAACCCGUCAAACCCCCAGUGGAACCCGUUUGCGACAACGACGUCGUUGCUUCCAAUCCCACAACAGAGAAUCCGCCGGUAUCAUCGGUCUCCAUGGAUUUUGGAGAAGCCACCGCCACUUCGACCAAGAAAAAGAGCACAAAGAAGAAGAAGAAUAAGAGGAUUUCGGAAACUCCUAAACUUUCUGGCUCUCAUUCUCCAACGGCUUCAUCAUCUUCGGCUUGUAUCUGCGCGACGGUGGUUGCUGGGUCGAAGAAACGAGGGUUUAGGGUAUUGAAUAGUCGCCGGUACCGUAGACGAAUUUUUGGGUCCCCACAGCAUAAGGCGGACGAUGUUGACGCCCUCGCUCUUCCUCUCGGGAUGUCCAUUGCAGCUGUAUUUGCUCAGGUACUGGAAAGGAAAGAUGCGGCCAUAGAAAAUAUGUCUGUUGACCAUCUCUGUAAGAUUUGUACUUUGGCUGUCCGGGAAUCUUUGGCUAAUGUAAGAGAGACUAACAACUUCAGCUUGAUUCAUGAGUCAUGAGGACACAGCUUUUGGGGAUCAUUUUGAGUCUUUUGUGAUAAACUUUGAGAAAUCAUUUAUGAGUACCUUGAUGACUCUAGUACUAGUCAAGGAGUCUUCCAAGAAAUUUGAGAUAAAACACCAAACACCUGCAACCUCUAUGUCUGAGGGGAAUUUACAAUUUAAGGAGAGAGUAGAAGGCUCUGGACCUGACUGUUGUGUAAAGAAUCGGCCAGACCAAAUUCUUUCAAGCGGAGGGUCUUCUAUGUUAGAGGUUAAUAUGCAUUUUCCCUGCAGAAUGGAAGACCCUGCAUGCUACCCUGUUCUGAGUGAUUUCAACUUGGAGUCAUCUUUGCAGAGUACAAGUUUGGAUCAUAAUCUAGAUGAAGUAAAUGAGAAUAUGUUGGUAGAAUCAAUGAAUCAGCUUGCCCUUCGUGAUGAUAAAGAAAUCCUAAAACAGCUGGCUUGCGUGUCUUCAAACACGUAUAACUCUGCAAUUACUAAAACCGGGCAUAACACCUUGGAAAAAGCUGUAUUGGAGCAGUCUAGGUCAAAUGAUCUGAAGACCUUUGAGAUUGGUCUGAUGGUAAAGAAGUUGCAAUUUAAAGAAAAACAACUUGAAAUUAUCUCUCAAGCUAAUCUGCUGGAGAGAUUGAAAUUAUCGUUGGGUUUCUCUAGGGCAUCUUUCAAAGCUGAGAAGUUUAAGAAUCAAUUAUAUGAUGCAAGACAUGUUGAGCUUCUCAGAACAUGCAUCGACUGUCUUGUUGCUGGCCUUUUCAUUAUGGUGGGAUGCCUAGGGUAUGGGACAUUUGUUUACUCUCAUAAAAGAAUUACUGAAGCUACUGCUGCCUGCUUAAGGCCAACUGUAUCCAAGUCUUGGUGGGUGCCGAAGUCGAUGCAAUCCAUGAAUUCUGGACUGCAGACUCUGAAGUGUCAGGCUCAAGUUCUGUCCAGGAUGCUCUUUGGUGUACUGAUGAUCCUGGCAGUUGCUUAUUUGCUUUUCCAGCGUUCUGCCUCCUCACAUCAUACCAUGCCUGUUACUUUCAUACUGUUAUUAUUAGGAGCAGGCUGUGGCCUUGCUGGAAAGCUGUGUAUUGACACAUUAGGAGGCAGUGGGUAUCAUUGGCUAAUCUACUGGGAGUCUCUAUGCUUAUUACAUUUCUUUUCCAACUUAUUUUUAUCGACCUUAUGCAUCUUCCUCAACGGGCACGUCACACCACCAGGAAUGAUCAAGAACGGUGGUGAUUCCAUUUCUAUAUUAUUAUUCCCGUACUGGAUGAGGAGAGUCGUGUUCUAUGUUAUGAUACUCCUUUUUCUCCCAGUGAUGUGUGGUUUAAUGCCUUUUGCUGGGCCUCAGGAAUGGAAAGAUCACUUUUCUGCACUGGUCGAGGACUCCCUCCUCAGCAUGCAUGAUGAUUGAGAAGAGGCCCUUGCGGCCGUUGAUACUCUUUGAUGCCUAUUGGGAUUCUCCUGUGCAUGUAAGAUGUAACUCUAGUCUCUGCAAUAAGAAUCUGCCCGCCCUUGUGUCUUUCCUAUGGAUACUUUUCUGGCUUUUUCAAACCAGAAUGUUGUAAAAUUUAAUACUAGUAUUUAUUUUUGUAAAUUUUGCCAAACGGCAUUUUACAUCAUGGUACACAUAAUGCUCAUUUCCUUUGGUUAAUUGGUUCAUUUAGUCACA